AUGGAUGAAUCUAUUUUGGAGUGUCCAGUUUGCCUCGACGAAUUCAAACAUCCUGUGAUGCCCCCUUGCCAGCAUGCCUUUUGCUUUUCUUGUAUCUUGAAGUACAUACGAGAAAGUGGGGAAAAAUGUCCUAUCUGCCGAACGGCCUUUGCUGAAGAGGAUCUUCGACGUAGUCUGCACAUUGAGCAGUUGCUCUCAGCGAAGAGUGGUAUAAGUCUGAUAUGUAACCAAGUAUCAUUUCUAUUUCCUAUCUUUAGCUUCACCGUGAUCUUGGCUCUUGCUACCUCAAAACUGAUCACUUUUCGUAAUAUUACUCUUCUUCCAAAACCUCUAUUCUCUGCUCAAAAAAUUAUCAAUAAAACAACCUUAUCCAAUUAA